AUGAAAUUAGACUGGAAUGAUUCUAUUCCUCCUACUGCUGCCAACAAGUGGUAUGCAUUAAAUCAAGCGUUAGCUGCCGUAGUUUAUGCUUGUUCCAUCACCUGUGAUGGUCACGUUGGUACACAACUAAUUUGUGCCAAAAGUAAAAUGGCACCUUUAAAACUAAUAACUAUACCAAUAUUAGAAUUGGCAGAAGGCACGCUUCUUGUGAAACUGGUGACACAUAUUUUGAAGAGUUUGAAUCACCAAUCAAUCCCAAUACACUUGUGGACCGAUUCAUCUAUAGCACAUACAUGGAUCGCAAAUCACUCGUCACGAUGGAAGGAUUUCGUGCAUAAUCGUGUGUGUUAUAUUCAAGAAUCCCUACCACAGGCAAAAUGGGGUUUAGUCCCAGGAUAUGAAAAUCCGACGGAUCUUGCUACUCGAGGUAUGUCUCCAAUACAACUUUCCGAACAGCUUUCUUGGUGGAAAGGUCCUUCUUGGUUAUCGCAGCUGGUACAUCAGUGGCCCCAACAAUCACCGUCAACUUCAACAAUGGAAUUUUUGGAGGAACAGAAAACCACUUUGCUAUAUUAA